AUGGCGAACGAAGAUGAGUUCAAGAAGAACCAGAAGUUUAUGGCAGCAAAGAGGACAAGAAAAACAGAACGAAACAAACUUGGAAAGGGUAAAGACCGGCUCGUACCUGAAAAAUUAACAAUUCAGCGAUUGUUAGCUCAAGUUAAAGGAUCUUCCCAAAA